CUGAGCGCGCCACCCCCUCAUUUCGCGCGCGACACCACACAGCGUCGUAGUAGUCAGAGUUGAACACAACACACGCACAAAUCCUUACACGAACCAGCCGAUCCAUGGCGCCAUGCCGAGCAGCCGUGGUGAUGACGAGAGCGACGUGCGCGCUGCUGCUACUGCUGCUCCUGUUGGCCGAUGUGCGGCCGCGGUCCGUGGCUGGGCAGGCGCCACCCGAGCCCGAGGCGGUCGCGACGAUCGAGGCGGAUGCCGACGGCCGCGGCAAUGGCACCCGCGGCGCCGGCGCCGGCGGGAACGCCGCGAGGAAGGUGCUGAGCACCAUCGACUGCCAGAUCUGCGAGGCGACGUGCCGGGUCAAGUGCCUCAUCAACAACCUCUUCCAGUGGGGCACUUGCUACCAGCGCUGCAAGGCCGACAACUGCAACGACUGGUGUAGGUAGCCUUUGGUCGAGCUAAUGUGCCGGUGGAUGCAUGACACGCGCAUGAAGCCAGGAAUGGAUCCCACUUGCAGCUGGGACUACAUACUAGUAUAUAGAUGUCCUUGGGUCCUGCCCCUGCUAAAAUUUUCGCUUCCACGCCCUAUAUGUAAAGAUGGCACUGCUAUUUUAAUUGUAUUUACGUAUAAACUCGAGCUCAGUGGAGACAAUACAAACUUGGAUGCUCACAAACA